AUGUCACUCUCACUUCCCAAUGACAUCCUCCUCCUGGUUGGGGAGUUCCUGGAAGAACACCAGGACCGUUACAAUCUUGUUUUCGUUUGCCGCCGCUUUCACGACCUUCUCUUGCGCCUAGUGUAUCGAAGGGCCACCCUGAAAAAUGCCUCGCAAACUCGCUCUUUCUUGAGUGCUCUCUUGCGUCGACCCGAGCUGGCUCGGGCCGUGCGGAGCUUGCAUUUUGAUGACUGGAACCAAACACCAUCUCCCUCUCCUUCAUCGUCGUCGCAAAACAUGGAUUGGUCGCCGUUUAGGAACUGGGCUCAGACGAUCAGCCAGUCGGAGGAAGAACUUGCACAAUGGGAGCAGGAUCUGCUCAACGACGUGGAGGAGGCUUGGAUUGCUCUUGCUUUGCCAUUGGUGAAUAACCUCCGACAACUUCGAUUGGUGUAUCCUAAAGAGAGUGUGUACCUGGAUCGCACGCUGUCAAGGGCUCUAAAGGGAGAGAAGCCCUUUGACGACCGACCCGCCUUCCGUGUCUUGCAGGAAGUGUCUCUCGGUCAUAUGGGGAACGAGGGAGACACUAAGGGUAGCUUCGCGCCUUCUCAGAUUUCUUCUUUCUUCCAAUUGCCAUCGAUGCGGGCGUUGUCGGCGGAUUCGGUAGUCGAGUCCAGCUCCUCACCCGACAAUGAGCACGAGCAGACAACUGAGAUGCCUCAGAGUGUGUCCUCGAAUAUCUCGGAGAUCACGCUCUACUCGAGCAACGGCUCUAAGGGCAUGGAGGGUCUGAUAGCUUCUUGCCCCUCGCUUCGGUCGUUCAAGUACCAGCACUCCGAUUCCCAUCUGCUCUCCGAGGGCUACCGACCCUCGGAAUUUGCGCGGUCGCUGGCUGCUAGUAAAGGCAGUCUCGAGACACUGUGGCUGGAUAGCUUCGGAACCCAUCUGCCCUUCACCAUCGCCGGAGCUAACGAGACUCACGAUGAGUGGUUUGGGUCCCUGGCGGAUUUCACGGCGUUGAAAGACAUCCGCAUCCGCCUGCCCAACCUCCUGGACGUGCGCUACCAGUUCGAGCCGUCGACUGCGCUACCCGACGUUCUCCCGCCGUCGGUGCAGACGCUAUCCGUGGAGGGAUGCAAGGAGAUGUCGUUGAGGAUGCUUAUUGGGCAGCUGAAAAUGGUGCUCGGUCAGCGCCAGAAGCGAUUCGUUGGCCUGCGCCGCUUGGACAUCGAAGGGUUCUUCCACGACGAGGAGGACGAGGAUGCCUCGGGAUACGACGCCCACGCGGCUAACCCCGGGGGCGAGAAGGUCAUUAAGUCCCGGGUCUAUGAGAUGACCGAAGCGUUGCACACCUCCUGUGCUGAGGCUGGAAUCGAACUGCACCUGCGCGACCGGGACUGCCCAGCGACGAUGGCCUAA